GGUUUACCCAGGAAGACUAGGGAUAUUUCGGGUCUAUUGCUAUCAGUGUAAGGCCAUGCAAACCAAGCCGGCUCGUGCCGUUUUGACGCGCGUUGAUUCUGAUGGGCCAACUAUCGGGAAGACCUACCCUGAGGCUUGCAGGUGCAAUAUUUGCCGCCCAGGCAUUUAAAGCGACGAUCACGUCUUAUCACUGCAUAUCUUCCCUCUGACCAGCUUCCAUCAUCAACAAGGCGCACAAUGAAUGGAGUGGGAGGAUUCAGAAUCCCCGAGCCGCAAGCCCAGCCGUACCCGCCCACGCAAGCAUCUCAUUCUCACAUCGCACAUCAUUGGGCUGUGAACAGCCGGAUUGAACCUGGAACGAUCACCUACACGACGACCACUAAUGCAGACGGUCAGGUUACAAAUUAUCCUUUCAGGGCGGUGCCUGUGAGCUAUCAGACCUCCCAAGGAAUCGUGCAUGAUCUCCAAUGGGUCCCUGCCGACACCACACAGGUCAUGCUAACAGACGCUCAGCUCCCCAAUACAGGACUUGCGGCAGGGUCCUUUGGUCUCGAUCUUUUGGAUAGGGAAGAUGAUGUGGUGUUUAAGAAGUGGUUCGAACAAAUCCCCCAUUUCACUUCUCCUGGUAGACCUGAUCCCAUCUCAAUGGCAGCAUACUUGUCUUUCUCCCGAGGGCGCUCUCCUUAUAGUGCUCGUGCAUCCUUUCCAAUGCCGUUGCCAAAACGCUUCCCAAAGUCAUGCCCUCCCUCCCGCGCGCCGUCCCCAUACCAACGUCGUCAGCAGUCGAGAUCACCCCAUCCUUCCCACCGCACUCCUUCACUUGAUGUUCGCACUCACCCCCGUGGGCCAUCCCCAGACCAGAAUCGUCGGCAGUCGAGGUCACACUAUCCUUCUCUCCACCGCACCUCUCCACCUCAUGUCCCCUCUCCGUAUGUUGAAUACCCGCACGGGCAUGCAUUGGAGGGUCAGCCUAUUUUGGGUCCCCCAUCUUCGCAUAUGCCCAUCAUUACUUUUGACAGGGAACCGAUAUCGGACUCUUCUCCACAUCCAUUCACCCGUCUACCGGAUGCCACUCAAGCUUACACUCCGUUCAGUAUAAUAAGGAUUCAAGGCAUGGAUCAAUUUUCCAGUCAGAUUCCAAGCAUGCCAUCAGUGCUCGAUACCCAUGAUGUUCACCACCAGGAUUGGAGCACAUUCAUGAAUAAUAUUUCUCUUGCGUGGAUGGAGAAAUUGCCCCUUCCUGAGUUUGCCAGGGGCUGUCCGCCUCCGCGGAGCUCGAUUGUUGCAGACGUGAUAAAUCUGUGGAACAAUUCCUUCUUCCUUCCCCGUCAAGUAGAGGUAGUCCUCUACAAGGGCUGCGAGCGACGCUCAGGCCGGCACCCAGGGACUGUAGACCAUCGACUCUCAUUGCCCGAAUCGGAAAGAGAUAACGAACGCGAGCGGGAGUACUCGUUAUACUUGACCUGCGCCACGCCUGGUGUUGACGAUUUACUUGAGUCAACCCGUGCCAAAUCCUACGCCACACCCCGGUAUCCUACAUCCUCCUAUGCCUACUAUCUAUGAUGGAAUAAUAAGUUUGCCAGAAGGUGGAUGUGGGGAUUAACAAACUUCUUUAUUGUUAUUGUGCUACUCCCAUGUAUGGUUGACUAUGUAUUGAUGUCCGCACUUGGACCCAUUAACAGGCUCAUGCAGCAAGUUAGUCAGUCGAGUAUGUCUUGCGACUGUUGUCUUUCAGAAAAUAAAAG